UCUCAAUUAUGUAUAAAUCCCCCAUAAUCCUCUUGUAAUUAAUCCCUUCCUUGGAUACUAUCAUUAUUCUUGUAUAAAUUGUGGUAAUACAAAGAUGAUAGAUUCUAUGGUACCUAUAAGGUACCAUACCUUUGUCCACAUGGACCAAUGAAAAUGUAGCAGUUGAAUUAUUUAAAUCUAAAUUAAAAAUGAUAAAGUGAUAUGGUCAAAUCAAAUGAAUGAUAGGUACGGUACCCCAUUUUUUAGAAAGGUAAAGGAGUUGUCACCUACAAAGAAUACGCCUGAAGGGGUUUUAUUCAAUCUCCUAUAUGGUAUCAGACUAGGUCGAUACUACUCCCUUUCCGCCAUGGCUGCUGAAUCCUCCACGCCAAGAACAACUAUUCAUCCUGCCCUCACUAUUAACAACAUUAAAACUCACAUCCCAAUCACACUUGAUCUCAAGGAUGAUGAAUAUUCAUCCUGGGUUUUCCUGUUUGAACUUCACCUUGAGGCACAUAACCUCAUGUUUCUCAUAAACCAGGAUCCUGCUCCCAGCACAAUUGAUGUACCCACCCGCAAACAGCUUGAUGCAUUGGUUCGGCAGUGGAUGUUCUUCACCAUGUCAAAGGACUUGAUGCUCACAGUUCUCAAGUCUGGGAAAACUUCCAAGGAUUUGUGGGAGCACCUCAAAACUCUGUUCCAGGACAAUAAAGGGACUCGUGCAGCAACUCUGGAGAGUAAAUUUGUCAAUCUCAAGCUCACUGAUUGUUCUGACGUCGACGAUUACUGUGAUAAGCUCAAAGCUAUCUCCGACCGUCUCCAGGAUCUCGAGUUUCCCAUGGAUGACAAGCGGUUGGUCAUACAGCUUGUCAAUGGCCUCCCACCAGAAUAUGAUACUGUAGCUUCGCUCAUCUCACAGACCAUGUCGUCUUUUGAGGCGGCUCGGUCACAGCUUCGCACAGAGGAACACCAAUCUUCUGCCGGUCCGCCCAUUGCUCUGGCGACUCCAGAACCUGCUGUCCCUGCUGCUUUCAUCGCUCCAUCACCAAAUCAGGCUCCCACCCCUUCUCGCCAAGCUUCACCGCGUUUCUCGAAUCCCACAGGAGGACGCCGCAAUCGCUCGAACGGUCGCCGCCCACCUGGAUCUGCUCCUGUCGGCACCUUCGCUUCUGGUCGCUAGUCGUCUCCUGAGGUUCCUCCUGUUGCUGCUCCUCUGAUUUCAGGCUAUCCAUGGCACCUUUACUGGACCGUUCCGCCUUGCCGUUAUCCUACGGCGACGACGACGCCUUUCUGGUCGUGACCCUCUGCUCCAGUAUCUCACACGCAAGUUUCGUCCAGGCUCCACAUUUGUCUCCCUUGUGAAAUGCCUUCUAUGAGAAAUUGCAAACCAGUAGCAACACCUGGGUGCUCCCACAUUAUAUCGCAGUCUUACGGGUGCUCUACAGUAUUUGACCUCUACUCGCCCUGAUAUCUCAUAUGCUCGUGAGCCUCAGUUUCAGGCUCUUAAACGCAUCUUACGUUACUUGCAGGGAACCAUUAAUCACAGACUCUUCAUAUCUUCCAGUCCCAUUUCUGGCCUUACCGCAUACUCCGAUUCUGAUUGGGUAGGCUGCCCUCACUCACGCUGCUCUACAUCCGGUUUUUGUAUUUUCCUUGGUGACAAUUUCAUCUCCUGGUCUUCUAAACGACAGCCAACUGUUUCCCGCUCCAGUGCAGAUGCUGAAUAUAGAGGAGUUUCUAAUGCUGUUGCCGAGUCCCGUUGGCUGCGAAAUCUCCUCCUUGAAAUCUCUAGUAACCCUAUUCAACAUCAUCGCAUCCAGCACGUUGAAAUUGAUAUACACUUUGUUCGCGAGCAUGUUCAACUUGGAGACAUUCGGGUUCUUCAUAUUCCAGCUGAGUAUCAAUAUGCAAAUAUAUUUACUAAAGGCCUUCCUCGACAACUUUUCUACCAUUUUUGUGAUAGUCUCAACAUCCGAGCAUCUCCUGCUUCGACUACGGGGUGUAAUAGCAUGACAUAUUUAGAUAUAUUCUCUUGUCAUACUUAGAUGAUUUGCAAUAUUCUCAAUUAUGUAUAAAUCCCCCAUAAUCCUCUUGUAAUUAAUCCCCUUCCUUAGAUACUACCAUUAUUCUUGUAUAAAUUGCGGUAAUACAAAGAUUUCCCCUAAGGAGUUUUAUUCAAUCUCCUAUAAAGAGUUAGCAUUUCAUUUUCGGGCCUCUAUAAACGAUAGUUUUAUAAAUCUUUUAAUCUACUCAUUGUAUUUUCAAUUUUUCUUUUGAAAAUGUAAUUUCAGUUUUAUUACUUUUAUAGUUUCUCUAUUGUAGAUUUUUUUGUUUACAUAUUAGGGAUAGUAGUUUGUUGGGGUUUUAAUACUUUAACAUGCCAUAAUGCCAAUAAAGUGUUUGUAUAUUCGGAAGAAGUGUUCACAAGUUAUUUUGAAUGGACCUACAAAAUUAAUUUCCAUACACUAAAUUUUUUCUUGAAGUUGAAAUUGAGAUUAGAAAAUCUGUAGUUACCAUAAUACGGAGUAUUUUAAAAAUACUUGCAAAUGUGAAUUAUGUAAAUGUAAUAUGAAUGAAUAUUAUUUAACCGC